GCGAUCCUGAGGCGACGUCAGAAUUUGAUUGCAGCAGUUUAGGUCUGUUUGUGGCAUGUGACGUGUCGAUCAAGUACUUACAGACAGGUACAAUGGGAAGCGGUUUGGCCCGCUGCGCUCCAGAACCUGUCUCGUUCCGAUGUUUUUUCGAGUGUCGAAGCAUGAGAAUCCACAUGAUGGGAACAGUAGCCGAAAUGCUCCGAGGUGCCCAGUCUGAUAGUGGGUGACCAAUGACGACGCGUCCGUGUGCACCGUCUUGGACGGGGUAGGGUGCGAAUCCCCGCGGCCAGGAUGCUGUGUCACUGCGUGGUACGAGAACCAAGGCAAGGAGGAGGAUUCGGGCCGGCCGCCCCAGUCACGUCGAAGCGACCGCGUAUGUAGCGGCAUGUGUGAGGGAUGACGUGCUGUGCGCGUUUGGGGCGUCGAUCGAGAAACAAGAUUACCGCGUCUGCUCGAGCCUUGUGACUUUUUUAGCGAUUAUUGCCCACGAGGGUCACCGGUGCACACGGAUAGUUUGGGAUGACAAGUGCAAAGCAGCAUCUGUGAGCCGGGAGAAGCGCUGGAUGUUUUAUUGAGAUGGACGCAGGUGUUGCCUAAGGACACGCACCGCAAUGUCAAGACAUUG